AUGUCUUCAGUCGAUCUCACUUUUUUCGGUGACAUUCAGCAAUCGCUCGAACAAGAAUACAACCGCAAGGAUGAAAUACGCGUCAAAGUCAGGGAAUUAGAACGCACGUGUCGAAAGCUUGUUGCUACUCUCGAUCUUAUUCAUUCCAAUCCCAUUGGACCUGUACCCGAGAUCACAUUUACCGAGGUGCAGCAACACGUCAAGGAGUUGGCAGCUCUCAUCCCGGAUAACGAGUUUUACAAAUACUGCGAUCUGUGGUCAAGACAAAUUCAACAAGCUAUUUUCCUCGUCGUGUUCAAGCAUUAUCUCGAAAAGGAAGAAUUAGUACAAAUCCCUGCCAUUGAGGAAGCUAUCGGAUACAAGGUGGAUUUGGACAAUAGCAUGAAUGAAUUCCAUAUUCAGCUCGAGGAUGUGUUACACGCUUAUAUCUCUCUCGUCAAUGAAUUGUCGAGAUUAGCUAUCAAUGCUGUGACAGCAGGUGAUUACAAGCGGCCAUUGCGAUUGUCCUCUUUCCUCGCACGAUUGAGCGCAGGUUUCCAGUUAUUGAAUCUUAAGAAUGACGCGUUGCGAAAGAGAUUCGACAGCAUCAAGUACGACGUCAAGAAGAUUGAGGAGGUUGUGUAUGAUAUCAGCUUGCGCGGAUUGCAAAAGGACGAUGAAGACAAUGAACAAAGCAAAAAGAAAGCAAAAUUAUCUCACAAUGAGUAA